AUGUUCGGAUCUCGGUUAAGACUUUUGUUAUGUUUCUUGGUAGGCAUUGCGGCCCUGGCGUACGCUUUCACUCCAGAAGAAGUUGAGAUGUUCCAGCUACAGAAUGAAAUAGUGAAAGCGUAUAAAAACAAAGACCUAGACUUCUACAAGCUCCUGAAACUGCCCAAGUUGAGGGAAUCUACGUCACAAGAAAUCCGUAAAAAUCUCAGAAAACUUUCCAAGACAUAUCAUCCAGACAAGAAUAAGAAAUAUCGGAAGCUCUAUGAAAGACUGACUUUGGCGACCAAAAUACUUGAAAAUGAUUCUUAUCGUAAAACUUACGAUUACUACCUGAAAAACGGAUUUCCAGCUUACGACCACGGUAAGGGUGGAUUUUACUUCAGCAAAGUCCAGCCAAAGACUUGGUUUAUAGCCACGUUUCUAUACGUAGCGUGCGGAAUCAUCCAUUUUGUCAUUUUGAGACUGCAAAAUGACGGGAAUAGAACCCGAAUCGAGCGGUUCUUGAGAGAUGUCAGAUCCCAGGAUAACACCAGUGGUCUUGGCGAAAAGAGACUGCUUUUCAAGCAAAGCGCUGACGACGAAGGGAAAGAAAUCAUUGUUCGCAUGGGUGAUGUGUAUGUGGUGCAACCAGAUGGUGUAGAGGCUCACAUUUCCACGUCGGAUAUCAAAUCGCCUGGGCUUCGUGAUUGCAUGCUAGUCACACUUCCUCUGUGGUUUUGGAACAAGUCCUUUGGUCGCUUGUUCGCUUCCACCAUGGUUCCAGAUACUAGCAGCGUUUCCAAGCCCAAGGCUUCCAAUCAGAGGCAAAAAUCAGACCGUGUAUCCCCUAACGCAAAGGGCAAUACGAUGGAACUGCCUAACGGCAAGGUCUUGCAUUCCAGGAAAAAGAACUUGUAA